AUGGCGCAGAGUAAUUGGGAAGCUGAUAAGAUGCUUGAUGUUUACAUUCAUGACUACCUGUUGAAAAGAAAACUUCAUGCUUCUGCAAAAGCUUUCAUGACUGAAGGAAAGGUUGCUACCGACCCAGUAGCUAUUGAUGCACCUGGAGGAUUUCUCUUUGAAUGGUGGUCUGUCUUUUGGGACAUAUUCAUUGCCAGGACAAAUGAGAAACAUUCUGAGACCGCUGCCGCCUACAUAGAGACACAGCAAAUGAAAGCAAGGGAGCAUCAACAACUGCAAAUGCAGCAGUUGCAACUCAUGCAGCAGCGCAGUGCUCAGUUGCAAAGAAGGGAUCCUAAUCAUCCUCCACUUGGUGGUCCUAUCAAUGCUAUGAAUUCUGAAGGAAUAAUGGGGCAACCCUCUGCCAGUGUAUUGGCAAUGAAUAUGUACGAGGAACGCAUGAAACAUCCUCAUUCAAUGGAUUCAGAGACAUCUCCAGCUCUAAUGGAUGCCAAUAGGUUGGCCCUUCUCAAAUCAGCAACCAAUCAUCAAGGCCAGUUGAUACGAGGCAAUUCUGGGAACUUGUCAGCCACUUUGCAGCAAAUUCAAGGACGAUCUCAACUGACCACUGAUAUUAAAGGGGAAAUUAACUUGGGAGCAACUCAGAAAUCUGUGCAAAUGGAUUCUUCCUCUAUCUAUGGACAAGCAAUGUUGCAGUCAAAGUCUGGAUUGGGCGGUGCAGAGAUCAUCAGCUAUCUGUCUUGGACUUGGGAACAGCGACAAGUGAAGGUUCUUAUUGAAGCAAUGAUGUCUGAAAAUGGCCUACAUACUAAAUGGUGGACAUGCAAAAGUGGUCGUGCCUGA